AGGCUCCCGCCCUACCACUGCGAGCUCAACCCUAUUGAGCUCAUUUGGGCACAGGUAAAAGGGGAGAUUGCCGCAAAAAACAAAACGUUCAAAUUGAAAGAGCUAAGAGAUUUACUACCCGAGGCACUCGGAAAUGUCACUGCUGCUAAUUGGAAAAGCUGUGAAGAUCAUACCAUAAAAGAAGAAGAAACAAUGAGAGGGUUAGACAACCAUAUCGACAACUUGACUGACAGAUUUAUAAUAAAUGUGGGGGGGGGGGAUUCAUCGUCAUCAUCAUCAUCAUCAUCAUCAAGUGAUUCCGAAUAAAAUAUUAAAUUUCCUAAUUGUAGGGUAGACCGGGGACAAUUGAAACACGUUAUGAUUGAAACAAGUCAAAUUUCUCGAUAACUAUAAUACCUACGCGUCUGACGCAAUACUCGGAACACGCGGUCGGCCAUGUUUGAAUCCUCGGCCAGUAGCGCUCAAGCGCCGGUGCGAGACGGGAGUGUCCACGAGCCAAGCCAGUUUUUCGCGGUAAAAAAUGCCCCGAAAACGGAAACAUCUCACGGAGCGAACCUCAAAAAGCCUGUUUGCCUAUCAACAGGCUUAUGAGGAAGUAAUCUCGGGGAAGUCCUUAAGAAAAGCGGCCCAAAUGUUUGAUUUAGAUCAUGUCUCGCUGGCAAGAUACAAAAAAAAAAGAGAAGCAGCAUCAGAUAUACCUAUAGAAGAUAUAAAAAUGGGUUAUAAUUCUGCAAAAAAAGUGUUUUCUACUGCUCAAGAAGAGGAGAUUGCAGGGUAUGCAAUAAAAUCAGCCGAUAUUUACUUCGGACUGUCUACCAAAGAUUUGAGGAAACUGGCAUAUGACCUAACAAUAAAGUACAACCUGGCAAGACCAGCUUCUUGGGAUACAAAUGAGACUGCUGGAGUAGAGUGGCUCAGGGGCUUCUUAGACCGCCACCCACAAUUAUCUGUUAGGUGUGCUCAAGCCACGAGCUUGGCUCGAGCCACAAAUUUUAAUAAGCACAAUGUCAAUGAAUUUUUUAAUAAUUUGGAGAAUGUUCUUGACCGUGAUAAAUUUGAAGCCAAAGACAUUUACAAUGUAGACGAAACCGGAGUAACGACAGUUCAGAAACCCAAUCGGAUUAUUGCCAAGAGAGGCAUGCGACAAGUCGGUGCAUUAACGUCAGCUGAACGUGGUUGUUUGGUUACAGUGACUGUAGUGGUUAAUGCAAUUGGUAAUGUACUACCGCCAAUGUUUACGUUUCCACGAGUCAAUUACCAAGAUCAUUUCAUCAGUGGUGCGCCAAUUGGUAGUAUCGGAACUGCAAACAAAUCUGGAUGGAUGCAGGAAGACGAUUUUCUCGUAUUCCUACAACACUUUCAACGGCAUACAAAUAGCUCAUUGCAGCACAAAGUGCUAUUGCUUCUCGACAAUCAUUCAUCACAUGUGUCGAUCAAGUGUAUUGACUAUUGUCGGGAAAACGGCAUCGUGAUGUUAUCAUACCCACCGCACUGUAGCCAUAAACUGCAGCCAUUAGACCGCUCCGUAUUCGGUCCUUUCAAAAAAGCAGUCAAUACAGCGUGUGAUGCUUGGAUACGAAACAACCCUGGAAGGGUCAUGACCAUCUAUAAUAUCCCAAGUAUAGUCGCUACUGCUUUACCUCAGGCUGCAACUCUAUCUAAUGUUCAAGCCGGGUUUAGAAACUCGGGCAUUUGUCCCUUUAAUAGAGAAAUAUUUGGUGAAUUGGAUUUUGCACCCUCGUACGUCACAGACAGGCCUGAUCCGAACGAUUUGCGCGUAACAAAUAACAGUUAUCAAACCGUACCUCACGAUUCAGGCACUCCACAGGCAAGUACUUCUGCCAUGCUGAACUCAAGGUUGCAAACUACUCCUUUAAUUCCAGAACCACAAUCUGCUGCAGAACUGGAUGCCACCGCUGAUACCGCUUAUCUGAGAAUUUCAAUACCUUCUCCGCUAAGUGAGGAACUUGCUGUACCUACAUCGGAUAUUGAGAAUAACUUGCUAGCUCUGCCUCUGUCUCCAGCAACACCAAAACCUCACGAUUCAGGCACUCCACAGGCAAGUACUUCUGCCAUGCUGAACUCAAGGUUGCAAACUACUCCUUUAAUUCCAGAACCACAAUCUGCUGCAGAACUGGAUGCCACCGCUGAUACCGCUUAUCUGAGAAUUUCAAUACCUUCUCCGCUAAGUGAGGAACUUGCUGUACCUACAUCGGAUAUUGAGAAUAACUUGCUAGCUCUGCCUCUGUCUCCAGCAACACCAAAACCUCUGAUUUCUCCAGAACGCCUUUCAAUUCUUUCCCUUAUAACUCUGAACUCAUAUUUCGCUGCAGACCAUGAAACCGAUGCUUCACAAGAUUUAGUCACCUCGCCGUCACGGCCAAAUCAUACUACAAGUCUUGAACCUGUACCUGUACUUGUACCAGUAACUGACCUUCAACCUGCUUUAAGAAAAUCAUUGACCUCGAAAAACAUUUCUGUUGCGUUUAAAGAGGUUGUUUCCUUACCUCUUUCAAAUAACUCGGUGAGCCAACAGCCAAGUUUUACAACAGAACCUGACCCUCUGGCGAUUCCUGGACCUUCGACAAAUACAUUUUUGCCGGAGUCCGUAAGGCCAUUCCCUAAAGCACCACCUAGAAUAACAACAAGGAAUAUAAUGAAGAGAAAAUCUACUGUAUAUACAGAUACUCCGGAAAAGGAGAAUAUAAGAAUUAGAACAGAAGAAAGCGAAAGAAAGAAAAAUGCUGCCAAAGUAAAAGUGAACAUGAAGAAUAUGGAAAAUAAAAAUAAAACUACUACCAAAAAAAACACAAAGGAAAAGACUAAAACCAAAAGAAACACAAAGGAAAAAACUACAACCAAAAGAAACACAAAGGAAAAAACUACAACCAAAAGAAACACAAAAGCUAAAAAGAAACCACUUAAAAAUAAAAAUAGGACAUAUUCAAGUUCGGAAGAUGAAGAGGAAGUAAUUUUUGAUAAAAACGACGACGAGUCGGUAUCAGAUGUGUCGGACGAUAUACAGCUUGAUUCAUCUAGUUGCGAGUCUGAAAAUGAGACUGGACAAUCAUCGCUUCAAAAAGAAGACUGGGCAAUUAUUAAUUUAACAUCCAUGAAAAAUCUUGUGCAUCGUUAUGUCGGGCAAAUACAAACUAUUACCAAACAUGGCUACGUAGUAAAAUUUUGCAAAAAAAUUGAUGAUCACCAUUUUAAAUGGCCAGUGAAGGAAGAUAUAGCUGAAAUUAAUAACUAUCAAGUGGUUAAAAAAAUUAAUCCACCCGAAGUUAAAUCUAAAAGCCGACGUGCUAUCGUUUUUGCAUUUAAGAAGUCAUUGCGAAAGUUUAAAAUUGAAUAAAAUAAUAUUGCACUGACAAAGCUGAUUUAGUGAUUAUUGUAAAUCACUAUCUCAAGACUGAUUAGUAAUUGUUAAUGCUAUGCAAGACUGAUAUUUUUUCAUUAAGUUUAUGAAUAACAAAUACAUAAUAAUAAUUAUAAGUAUACGAGUACAUAAGCUUCGUACAUAAAACUUAAAGUAAAUAAAAUUUAAAAACGUUGAUAUUAAACGUUGUAAAUCACUAUCUCAAGACUGAUUAGUAAUUGUUAAUGCUAUGCAAGACUGAUAUUUUUUCAUUAAGUUUAUGAAUAACAAAUACAUAAUAAUAAUUAUAAGUAUACGAGUACAUAAGCUUCGUACAUAAAACUUAAAGUAAAUAAAAUUUAAAAACGUUGAUAUUGUAUAUCAACAUAUCAGUAUAUGUAUGUAACUUAUGUAUGUAAUAAUUGUUUUAUAAGCUAGUCUCUAAUUAGAUUUGCUUAGUUUUUAUUUAGGAUCUCAUUAUGAUAGGUCAGAUUCAUAGUAAUAGUGAAUAAGAUUCGACCAUGUCCUACCUAAAAGUCGUUAGAUUCAGGUUUAUGUACUUGCUAUGAAUCUGACCUCAGUUCAUUUCAUUUCAGAAGUUAAUAGUUUAUGUUUAUGUUGAUUUGAUGUUUGAUAUAUAAUAAAUUAAUAAUAAUACAUUUUAGCAACAAAAGAGGUCGGUCAGUGCUAAAAUGUAUGUCAGAGAAAGUUUAACAUUUUUUUAUUGGCAUUUCGCUAUAUUUUUGUUUUCUAAUAAUAAUAAAACAAUUUAAACUGAUAUUUUAUUGCGCCUAUUAUUUCAUUUUACAUUCCGACGUCUGCACACUCAUCACAGGGUGUGUGGGAAAGGUUAUGAUUGAAACAUUGUUAUAGUUGAAACAAGCAUUUUUGUAUGGAACAUAAUUGUGCUUGUUUUUUGCGAUUCCUUAUCGUUAUAUCUUAGAAUUUCAUUAAAAUUACUUUGGUUAAGGUAAACGCAUAAGGUGGCAGGGAAAAAGAAAAUUAAAAGUCGUAUAAGUACUAUUUUUUCCCCAAGUUUUAUUAUAGAGAUGUUCAGAUGCUCAUAAAUUGAAAUAUGUUUAUGUUAUGCUUGCAAACUUUUAAUGAGCUCAUUGUAUGCUGAGGUAGUGAUGAAAAAGAUUGAAAGGGAUAUAAGUACUUUAAUUGUGCCGAAGAUAUUUGAGUGUUUCAAUUAA